CUUUUAUGCCUCGGGGGUACGUUCUUUUCAUCCUGCGACACCGGUCCUGUAUCUAAGCUCCAACACACCAGUACUACAAUCUUUCGUACAUGGCUCCUCGGUUCAUACCCAAGAAGGGCACUGCGCCUAAUGUCCCUCGCGAUGCUAAGCAGACCUACGAUACUUUAAAAAGCGGUGGAGUCGUUAUCAUACCCACGGAUGUCGGCUACGCGCUCUUGACGAGUACGCAGGCUGGAGUCCAGCGUAUAUUUUCAGCCAAGGAUCGCCGAGAGGGUCACAACAUCGGCAUAAUCGGGACAUACAAGCAACAUCGAGAGAUUCACAUGCUUUCGGAAGCCAAGUUCGAGAUGACACGGGUUUUGACAGAAGAUAUGGCGAUGAUAGUUGGUAUCAUUGCUAAAUACGAUACCAAAAACCUUCACCCGCGUUUGGCAGCUCUCGAUCCGGCGACGCUAUCGCAAGUCACAAAGGGCGAUACGGUCAGCAUAGCAGUUCCUGAAGGUCCAUUUCUGCGAGAGCUCGGUCGCCUUUGUGAUGAUGACCCGACAGGUAUGUUGACCUUCGGGACUUCAGCCAACUUGUCAGGCCAAGGACAGAGAUUUCGGGUUGAGGAUAUUGAGCCCAAGGUGAUCGAUGCGGUAGACUUGGUGGUGGAUUAUGGUCUACAGAAAUGGCAAGUGUACAAGCGCGGUGGCAUGAAUUUCGAUGCGGAGAAUAUGAAGGUGCUGCGGAAAGGAGCCGGAUAUGAAGUCUUUCGUGACCGGAUGUUGAGAUGGUUCCCUCGUUUGUUGGAGGAAGCCGGUGUGACUAUGGAGGAGGAUCCAGAGUAUCAAGCCAGAGACCCGAAUGCUUGAGUAUGUCAGCUUUUCUCGAAUUGACCUUGCAAAAGCGUCGCAUGCUUGGUGCUUUAGUCUAGGAGAGUCAUCGCGUCGAAUGUAUAUCCAUAACUCUCUAUACACAGUGAAUCGCAAAACCUACACUAUACAUCGGAC